AUGGUAGCAAAUGCUCUUCUCAGGCCUAUCUCGCUCGGCACCAUCGAGCUGAACAACCGCAUCGGCAUGUCCGCCUUGACAAGAAGUCGCUCUCAUAGCACAUAUCCCACCGAGCUGAUGAAAGAAUACUACGUCCAACGCGCCGAUGCUGGCCUAAUCGUGUCAGAAGGGCUUCUGAUAACUCGACAAGGUACCGAAUGGCCUCGUGCACCUGGAAUCUGGGACGAAGACCAUGUUGAAGGAUGGAAGAGCAUCGUCACCGCGGUUCAUCAUGCGGGCGGCAAGAUGUAUGCCCAAUUGUGGCAUCUUGGUCGUUUAUCCCAUCCAGAUGCGCCAGAACAGAAGCUUGCCAGCGUGCCUGUUUAUGGACCUUCUGCAAUUGCUGCUCGCGGCGGCAAAUUCCGUCACCUUCCGGGAACCCCUGGAUAUGUCAAACCAACAAGCAUUGAUGACCCUUGGGUUCUCGUUGCCCAAUUCAAACAGGCUGCUGUAAAUGCAAAGCAAGCUGGUUUUGACGGUGUGGAACUCCAUGGUGGCACCGGGUACUUGAUAACACAAUUCUUAGACAAUACUUCGAACAAGCGCACAGACCAAUGGGGCGGCAGUGUCGAGAAUCGAUCCCGUUUCGGACUGGAGGUUUUGAAAGCGCUCGUUGAAGUCUUUGGCCGUGAUGUCGCUGUCAAGCUCAGCCCCACUGGAGGUUACAACGAUGUUGGGAUGCCCCUUCAAGAGACUCUCGAAACGUUCACAUAUUUCAUAUCAGAGGCAGACAAACUCUGCCUCUCAUACAUCGUUCUCCUCCGCCAUUCUCCUAGGUACGAUCCGGUUUAUGAGGAUGGUGUUCAUCGUGCUACAAAGCACGACGUCCUUGAAUCCUAUGGGCACUUAAUCAAGCACGCCAAGGUUUAUAUCAACGGCGACGUAACCCCAGGGGAAGGUCAAAAGCUUGUAUCUGAAGGCAAGGUCGACGGCAUCUUCAUUGGCCUCGGCUACAUUGCACACCCUGAUCUCGUUAAACGCAUCGAGCACGGAAUGCCUCUGGAUAAUACCGCUGAUAUCGAACACUUCCAGACAGAAGAGGAUGACGAUGACUCGAGCAAAGGCUAUACCGACUAUUCGACGCGUUUCUAA